AUGCCAAUCACAGGGGUCUACUUCAUCCCAGCACACCCAAACGCCUCAACAGCCCUGGGAAACAUAACAGAACGUCUCCGCUCGUCCUUCCCAGAUGAAGACCUCAUCCAACUAGGCCGGUGGACACUAGAGCAGAAGCUCAUGCGUGACACACCAGGUCUAUUACCCGCGUCCUCGGGUCCAAACCAGCGCCCCUCAAAGCCACGGUAUAUGCAAUUUCUCUCACUGAGCCAUUACCACAAUCACGGCUUUAUAUAUACCUCCGAGCCAGCAGAGCAACCGUUCAACAUACCUAACGCCUCUUCGCCCUCGCCCGCUGCUACUCCGGUUGCGCCGGGGAGUGCGAAUGAUAGUACCACGACUAGUAAUACCUCGUCCAUGCUAAUGACAACGGUUCCGCACUCCUCGUACACAACUCUGUUCCAGCAUUUCACCUACGCUUGCCAGCCCUUCUGGUGCCACCGAUUAACCGUCGUCGUUCAGAACGGCGUGUUCUACGAUAUCGGCGAUUUCCGUGUGCGACUGGGCGAUGUGCGACAGACUUAUCCGACGAAUCGUGUUCGGGGGACGGUCGUUGAGAUCGAGUGGCGUGGACCUUCGGUGAUUGAUUCUCUGGAUGGGGCUGUUGUCUCGGAUGUUAAUGGGGAGACAGACUCCGGCGUCGAUGUGUCUUUGUCUGUGCUGGAGGAGAGCGAUGUUGAUGCUGAGUUUGCGGCGACGGCGUUGCUGAUUCGCGAGUUUUGGGGCCGGGUUGGGGUUGAGGGGGCUAGAGAGGCGAUUCUUGUUCCUGGCAUUGGGAGUGAAGUCAAGGAGCGAUUGGUGAAGAUCAAGGGCGCGAGGAAUAAUCGGGGUGGACUUUCUGGUUCCGCUGAAGAUAAUCCUGAUCCACAGGCUGGGGCCGAUGUGGCGAGGCAGUAUAUGGAGGUUUUACGGUUCAACCGGUGA